AUGAAGUCGACUUUGGUGGAAUAUAUAGACGAGCCCAAAUUCUCGCUACGGAAGCAACUACGAGAACACCAUCUCGAGCUCACCUUAGAUGGAAGCUUUGUACGAUGGGGCAAAAAUAACCCCAAAUAUCCCCGAAAUUGGUCAGCACCACGGAAGACCUACGAUGCCGGGAUUGUUUGCCUAUUGGAUCUCUUCGUAACUGCCAGCAGUACCGCAGGCGCGGGCGCCGCAGCAAAAGCGCAAGAUGAAUACAAUUUAGAUCCCACCGUUGCCAUAUUCUGCUUCGUGACACUGUUCCUUCUCGGCCAGUCUCUCGGCAAUAUUAUACUUCCUCCCUGGUCUGAGUCCUUUGGCCGAAAAAGGAUGUAUAUACUCAGCAGUGGUAUUAGCUGCAUAUGCUGUGUUGUUAUUGGCCUCGUCCAAUCUUUACCAGCCGCAAUAAUCAUGCGCACUCUGGCUGGAAUCUUCUCAUCCGUUCCAGGCACUAUUGUCGGAGGCAGUAUCGAGGACCUUUUCGACACAAAGGCCCGAAUUUGGGUUGUUUUCUUCUGGACGGUUGCAUCAAACAUUGGUCUUAUUAUUGGUCCUAUUAUGAGCAGUUUCAUUGUUCAAGACCUUAACUGGCGAUGGGUAUUUUUUGUCUACGCUAUCAUUCUUGCUAUAUUUACAGGCCUUCUAUGCUUGAUCAAAGAAUCAAGAGCAUCAUGCAUUUUAGACAGUGAAAUCGGUCGAUUGCAACGUGUUAUCCCAGAUAUACCGCCAGCACUCAAUCACGAUCUUUCCCGCGACUUUAAAAGCUUCGUCACCGAGUCUCUCUUCAGGCCUGCUCAACUAUUUGUUCGAGAACCUAUCAUCUUUACAAUCGCCAUGAUGAUCUCAGUCGCUAUGUCUCUCAUCUACAUUUUCACUGAAGCUCUGCAGCCGAUAUACCAAUCGAUGGGAUUUUCAGCAUCUCAGGCCUCAUUAAUCUUCAUGUCCAUUGGAUUAGGUAUUUGUAUCAGCACCUUGACAAGAAUUCUGGAUUGCCACAUCUACAACAGUCGACGGCGCAAAAACUUGCCUAUCAAGCCUGAGCACAAGCUCGCGGGAUUGGCAAUCGGUACGCCAUUUUUGGCCAUCGGGUUAUGGUGGUUUGGAUGGACAAUUCCACCUAAAGUUGAUCCUUCUAAUGUGCCCUGGAUUGUCCCAACCCUUUCGUUGGUCCUGGUUGGAUACGCCCUGACAGAGCUAGACACUGUUUUGUACGGAUAUCUAUCGGAUGCCUAUCUGAGUUACUCCGCGAGUGCUACAGCUGCGGUGGCGUUUAUCAGAGGCAUGCUCUCCGCAACCUUUCCGUUGUUCACGACACAGAUGUUUACCAAACUUGGAGCUAACAUUGCGGUGUCAAUACUGGCCACUGUGGCAACGGUGUUUUGCAUUGUACCUCCGUUAUUUUUGUGUUACGGGGAGAGCAUCCGCCGGCGGAGCCGCUUUGCAAAGUACAGCUGGGAGAUCCAAGACGAGAUGGGAAAAGAUGAAGAUGAUCUUUAG